AUGGUCUACAAAGAACUCCUCUACUACACCAAAAUCACAAUUCACAAUCCCACCCGCCCUUCGAUCACCGUCAGAGAACGAAAUGGCAUAUGGCUCCGGCAUAACCCUCACCGAAACGCACUCGCUAUACUAGCCGUGAGCCGCCAGGCAUGCGAGGGACGGCGGGUAUUCUAUGGGCUGAAUAUGCUUGUCUUUGAGGAAUUCGGUGUUAUCCCGGUGUCCUUGGUUGGUAUUAGGCGGUAUGAUGCUAUGUUUCUGCAGUCUCCGUUUCUGGUGCCUGUGGUGGAGGAGGAGGAAGAAGAAGAAGAAGAAGAAGAAGAAGAAGAAGAGGGCGAGAAAAACCAUGAAGAAGAUACCACACCACAAAAACUGAAAAUCUGGGCCGACAAACUCCUUGCCGCGAAACACCCACAGCCAUGUACAUCAUGUACGACAGCGACAGAGAUCGACUCCUGCGAUUCGAAGACGCAGGCAACUUUGCAGUAUCAUGAAGAAAGGUGUGGUUUCGUCCUGGUUGCUCGAGCGGAAAGGAAGCCGUUUGCCACGAAGUUUAAGGUCUAG